ACUAUCGAUCGAGUUUCAAUAAGAUCGGAAAAUGAAGACAAUCCAAUAAAUAAUCAAGCAGUUACUUUAAAUAUCAAUGGUGUGCCUACACGUUAGUCUUGAUGGCUGUAUUCUGGGUGACUGAAUGCAUUCCGUUAGCUGUCACUUCAUUUUUGCCAAUUGUUAUAUUUCCCUUGACUGGCAUAAUGAGUACAAAUGAAACGUGUUGUUGCUAUAUGAACGAUACGAUUAUGAUGUUCUUGGGAAGCAUGUGGCUGGCUUAUGCUGUUGAACAAUCGGGUUUUCACAUAAGAUUAGCUCUUUAUGCGAUCCAAGCGGUUGGGUAUUCACAUUACAAGUUAUUGUUUGCAAUGUGUUUUACAACAAUGUUUGUAUCAAUGUGGAUCACAAACACCGCGGCCACGACGAUGAUGGUUCCUAUAAAUUUCGCUUUACUUCAAGUCUUCGAAGAUCAAGGUUUACUUAAAAUCUACGACACGGGAGUGGAUGGAGAAAGGAUUGCAUCAGAUAUAACUACUUGCUACUUCUGCGCCGCUACGUUUUCGGCAACUAUAGGUGGCGUUGGCUCGCUUGUGGGAACCGCUACGAAUUUAGUUUUCAUAGGAUUAUUUUCUAGAAUGUACCCAAAUGCUCCGGAAUAUUUAUCUUUUCCAAAAUUUUCUGCUUUUGCAAUACCCUAUAUGUUACUAAUGGAGGCGUUCGUAUACCUGUAUCUUAUCGUGGUGUAUUUAGGAUACUUAAGGCCAAAUAGCCAAGCUGCGAAAAGAGCACAAAUAACAGAGUCAGGAAUUGAAGCGGCAAAAGCUGCAGUUACUGAGAAAUUAGAGAAAUUGGGCAGAAUAACCUUUUGGGAAAUAAUUGUCAUUAUUCUAUUCAGCGGUGCAAUUAUAUUAUUCUUUUGUCGUUCGCCUCAAAUAUUCACUGGUUGGGGUGACAUGAUAUCUUUGUAUUUUGACGCCGACGAUAAGAAAUUCGUAAAGGACUCAGCAGCGGUUAUGUUAAUCGGGUUCCUGAUGCUAUUACUGCCGUCUUCGAUGUUAUUUUUUAAAAAUUUCACUGCAAAAGAUCACGGAGAGUUACCAAAUAAGGGAAUACAAUCAGUUUUAAUUUGGGACAAAGUUAAUGAUAUAAUGCCGUACAGUUUUAUGUUUCUUUUAGGUGGGGGAUUUGCUUUAUCAAAUGCAGCGAAAAAAGAUUAUACGGAUUUAAAUGGAAGAAUAGGAUUACUACUCAAAAACAUGAAAGACUUGCCAAAUAAAUUGAUAAUACUUUUGAUAAUUAUUUUUACUGUAUUUACAACAAACUUUGCAUCUAAUGUCGCCGUUUGUAAUGUGAUCUCGCCGAUUGUUAUGCAACUGGCACAGGAAAUAAACCAAAAUCCACUGUGGUACAAUAUUGCGGCAGGUUUUUCUUCUUCCUACGCAUUGUGCUUACCAGUUGGGACACCUGGAAAUUUAGUAGUCCAAAGUUCUGCGAAUAUUCCAACUUCAAAAAUGAUAAAAGCUGGCCUGGGACCGACGGUAUCAACUAUCAUAAUAUCCUGGUUAUGUGUCUGUUAUUGGGCGCCAGUCAUCUGGCCUGAUUUACACAAUUUACCAAAUUGGAUAGAAUAAAGUAAAUAAGACAAUAAACAAUGAUUACAGCUUUGUUUCGUAAAAAACAACGAUUGUAUGUUUAGCGGAAAUAUAUUUUAAAACCUUAA